AUGAGUACAACAAUAAAUAAAGCAACAGCUAUAAUUGAUAGCACAGAGUUUGAUGAGGAAACAUGGCUUAUUGAACCACCUAAUUUAUCAUCAACACAAUCAAAUAGCAUACAAGAAUCUGGACGAAUUGUUGAAUGGUUACAGGGUGCAGCAAUGAAUGUUGAUUUCCAGACACGAAGUGCAUUAAGCAGAAAAUUAGCCAGUCAAGCAGCUAGGAAAAAAAAAAGAGCUGAAAAAAUACACGAAAAAGCGGAAAGUGUAGGUGGAUAUAAACGAGAACAUUUGGCUCAAGUAAAGGAAGAAAUGAUGGAAAUGAAUCAAAUCUAUGGUGAUAAGGAUGAUAAAGAUGUUUUAAAAGGAAAUACACCAAAGUGGUAUGAUAAUAACUCUAUGAAUAAAAAAUAUCAGCAAAUAUGUUAUGAAGGAAAGCAACAACAACAUGAUGUUACUACAACAAUUACUUCUACUACUACUAUUGCUACUGCUACUGCUACUACUACAAAUGCUGCUAACAGUUCUACCAUUGUUACUUCAUCAACAGUAUCACCCUUACUAUCAACUGAAAAUAUGGCACUGAUAACAAAUGAUAAUGAUAAUGAUGAUGAUGAUAGUGAUGAAUUUUAUGAUGCAAGCUCGGAUUUUAAUAAUGAUAUGCUGUUUUCAUCUACUACUACUGCUACUACUACCACAAUAACUGAUAGUGCCAAUAUCAUAUCAUCUACAAUUGCAUCACAAAACGAUUCACGUGGUAAAGUAAUUUCGAAUGGAACAUCACUUGCAGCAAUAAAUGAAUGCAUUAAAUCGUCUGCAGAUUCUAGCGCAAAUAGCAGCAUCAGCUUACUGAACUCAGAUCCUUCAAUUCAUGAAUCACGACAAGUUCGUCAAGUUAACACUGCACGUGUUCCACCGAUGAUUGCGCAAAAUCAUGCUUCACAGCGAUCAUCAGUAUUAGAUAAGUCAAAAUCAUUAUAUAGAUCAACAAAAUCUCAUUCACCAUCUACACAACCGGAUUUAAAAGAUAUUAAAAGUAUUGUUGAACGACAAGAAGCAGAAUUACGAGAAGAAUUAAGCAGACUGAAAUCCAGUGUUCAGGGUGAUAUUGCAAGCAAAACGUUUUCCUCAUGUGCUCAUAAUUCUCAGGUGCAAUCUACAAGACGAGGAACGAUGCCAUUAGCAUCAUCAAGAUCUACUGAAUUUCAUGCAAAUAAUGCAAAACUAUCAGCUGUUUCUAUACCAUCAUCUGUUUUUCAUGCUUCUCGAUUACCAACCCCAGUUCGAAAGAGUCUUGGACGCAGUUUGAUUCCCACACCACGUGCUUCUGCACUUACUAGAUCAACUAUUCGUGGUUUAGCUGGCGGUAGUACACCAUCAUUAGCAUUAUCAGCGCAACAUUUAUACGAUGAUACACGUUCGGAAUGUGGUAGUGGUGGUAUGUCACAUAAUGAGCAACGAUGGGCUGAUGAAUGCUUCUAA